GUCCGCCGGAUGAUUCGCGACUCGCGACGGCGACGGCGAUCCUAGAUCCUACGAGAGACGUAGAGAACGCUACGCACGCAGUGCCCGUUGGUGGUCGUGAUUCAUGUGUCGCGGGCAUCGUUCGUCGCUUGCGAAUAGUGGCGGAUACCCGGUGCUGCUGACAGCGGGACGGUGUUGCAGGAGCGCAACGACGAAGAGGACCCGCUUCGCCGCGUCACGUCGUCGCCGCGGCUGCUCCGUUCUCCGUUUCUGCCGUGCUGCUGCUGCUGCCGCUGCUCCACAAUUAUGUCACGAGGACGACCGCGCUCGCGCCCGCGGCCACCUCAUUGAAUUCGGUGCGCGAUCCGUCCAUCGUCGUCGGCAGCGGAACGGAGCACGAUUCUCGCGUGGCGGAGCCGGAAAACGGGAAGGCGGAACGCAGCGAUCGGCCGCCAGGCGCCACGGCUCGUUGAUAUUUCCCUCACGACCGUGACUCGCUCGACUCCAUCGCACGUCGUGUACUCGUGUCUGCCCGUCUCUCUCUCUCGCUCGUUUCUUCUCGUCUCUUCUCUUCUCGUCUCUUCUCGUCUCCUUCCCCCUCUCUCAUUAUUCCUCUUGCUCCCUCUCGCGCUUGCGAGCCGCGCUCUCUCUUGCUCUCUCUCUCUCUCUCUCUCUCUUUCUUUCUCCUCGUCGCUCGCUCUUCCUAGUUCCCUUCAUCGUCGAAAGCGCGCACCUUUAUCCCUCACAGUCCCUCAGAGUUCAGAAGAGAGUUUCGUCCGCCGGGCUGGAAGGAUAGCGCUCGCCUACGGGAGAGGCGUCGUUAAAUGUGCUCGGGCGCGGGGCGCAGGAGGAAAAAGGGACUACCCGACAACCGUCUAAACGUCGGUCCUCACCACGUUGCCGUCCAGUGACUCGCCGCGCGUGUGCGUGUACCCGCCGCCACCGUCUUUCCGCGAGCGAUCAUCGGCUGUUCCCGAUACGUAAAUGGGUUUCGCCCGCCGCUUCGUUUAGAGAAAGAGAGAGAGAGAGAGUCUCGCAGCUUUGCAAGCCCGCGACAGCGUUUGUGUGCGUGCGUGCGUGCGGCAGUGGUGGUGUUGCGCGUCCGCGUUUGUGUGCCCCGCGCGUCGAUGUGCACGCGGCGUCGCGCGCUCGCCGAGGCAGCCUUCACGUCGGAACGGCAUUUCUGAGGUGGCGAGGUAACCCCCCUUCGACGCGAACCCCGAGACCCGACAAACCCGACAUGAUGAAGAGCAGUGCUCUGAUGAAGAAGGAGAGCAAGAUGCGCAUACGUGCUUUCCCGACAACUAUGGAUGAGAAGUAUGUAGAAAGCAUCUGGACCUUAUUGAAGAGUGCUAUUCAAGAGAUACAGAAGAAAAAUAACUCUGGCCUCAGUUUCGAAGAACUUUAUCGCAAUGCUUACACGAUGGUUCUUCACAAGUAUGGCGAACGAUUGUACACGGGACUGAAGGAAGUUGUAACGCAACACCUUGAAAACAAAGUGCGAGAGGAUGUUCUUCGUUCCUUGCAUAAUAACUUCCUACAAACUUUAAAUCUAGCAUGGAACGAUCAUCAAACGUCAAUGGUGAUGAUCAGGGAUAUCUUGAUGUACAUGGAUAGAGUAUAUGUUCAACAGAAUGAUGUAGACAAUGUGUAUAAUCUUGGAUUAAUUAUUUUUCGAGAUCAGGUGGUCAGAUAUGGAUGUGUUAGAGACCAUUUACGAGAAACAUUAUUAGGUAUGGUCGCGAGGGAAAGAAGAGGAGAAGUUGUAGAUCGUAGCGCUAUAAAAAAUGCCUGCCAAAUGUUAAUGUUACUUGGAAUUAACAAUCGCCAAGUUUAUGAGGAAGAUUUUGAAAGGCCUUUUUUACAACAAAGUGCUGAGUUUUAUAGAAUGGAAUCUCAAAAAUUUCUGGCAGAAAAUAGUGCAUCGGUAUAUAUAAAAAAGGUUGAAGCUAGAAUCUGCGAAGAAUCUGAAAGGGCAAAACAUUAUUUAGAUGAAUCAACUGAAUCACGGAUAGUAGAAGUUGUAGAAGAAGAGUUAAUCAAAAUACACAUGAAAACCAUUGUUGAGAUGGAAAACAGUGGUGUAGUACACAUGCUCAAAAAUCAGAAAACGGAAGAUCUUGGUUGUAUGUAUAAACUAUUUUCGAGAGUAUCAGACGGAUUGCGUACUGUGUGCGACUGUGUAUCUCAGUUCCUCAGAGAGCAGGGCCGCGCAUUAGUGCAAGAAGAGCAUGAAUCAACCACAAAUGCCGUUCUUUACGUCCAAAACUUGUUAGAUCUAAAAGAUCGCUUUGAUCAUUUUCUACAUUAUUCUUUCAAUAAUGACAAGAAUUAUAAACAGAUGAUAGCAUCGGAUUUUGAAUACUUCCUUAACUUGAAUCCUAAAAGCCCGGAAUAUCUGUCGCUAUUUAUCGACGACAAAUUGAAGAAAGGCGUUAAAGGAAUGACAGAGCAGGAGAUUGAAGGGAUCCUAGAUAAAACUAUGGUUUUAUUCCGUUUCUUACAAGAAAAGGAUGUAUUUGAACGGUACUAUAAACAACACUUAGCCAAACGAUUAUUGUUGAAUAAGUCUGUUUCAGAUGAUAGUGAAAAGAAUAUGAUAUCCAAACUUAAGACUGAAUGUGGAUGUCAGUUCACAUCAAAGUUAGAAGGCAUGUUUAAGGAUAUAACAGUCAGCAACACUAUUAUGGAUGAAUUUAAGGACCAUGUUCUUACGUCUGGCACAAAUCUACAUGGUGUGGAUAUAAGUGUCCGGGUGCUUACAACUGGUUUCUGGCCAACGCAAUCAGCCACUCCAAAAUGCAGUAUGCCCACUGCUCCGCGUGAUGCCUUUGAUGCCUUCCGGCGCUUCUACCUAGCUAAACAUAGCGGUCGACAAUUAACGUUACAGCCACAAUUAGGCUCUGCUGAUCUAAACGCUGUAUUCUAUGGACCACGAAGAGAAGAGAGUAAUUGCGGAGGCUUGGAUACUCCAUCAUCUUCGAGUUCUAUUGGGAAUGGUAGCGCAAGUAGCAGCUUAGUGAGCCAGCGAAGCAGCAUGUGUAGUACACCACGAAAGCACAUAAUACAAGUUUCCACUUACCAAAUGUGUGUGUUAAUGCUGUUCAAUAAAAAAGAAAGGUUAACAUAUGAGGAAAUUCAAGGUGAAACCGAUAUUCCAGAGAGGGACUUGGUCAGAGCAUUGCAAUCUCUUGCCAUGGGUAAAGCUACACAAAGAAUUUUACUUAAACACCCUCGUACCAAGGAAAUUGAAUCUACGAAUUGUUUCUGUGUGAACGACAGUUUUACCAGUAAAUUACAUAGAGUAAAGAUCCAGACCGUAGCAGCAAAGGGAGAAUCAGAACCUGAGAGAAGAGAGACGCGCAAUAAAGUCGAUGAAGACCGGAAACACGAGAUCGAAGCAGCCAUCGUACGAAUUAUGAAAGCCCGAAAGCGUAUGCCUCAUAAUAUACUGGUAACAGAAGUAACAGAACAGUUAAGAGGUCGAUUUUUGCCUUCACCUGUAAUAAUUAAGAAACGUAUCGAAGGCUUAAUCGAACGAGAGUACUUGGCUCGUACACCGGAAGAUCGGAAGGUGUAUACAUAUGUUGCUUAAUGCUGAAUUCAAUAUUGGAUGUGUACAAACAUUAUGCCAAAAGUGGGAUCUACGAAUCUGUAAGAGAUGCAGAAUUUGUUAGCGGGAUGAUAUGUGCGCAUGAGAUUAAAUAAAGAUGAAGAUCUUAAUAAAAUGCAGUUCAAUUCAAACAUGUAUUGCACACUUUCACGUUGUAGUGAAGAAAGGCGAAUGAUUGGUGUCAUGUUUUUAUUUUUAUUUGUAUUCUCUCUUUAUUUAUUAAGAUAAAGUUUUAAGAUUUAAAUGAAGAUUUUACCCUUUUUCGUACACAAAACUGAAUAAAAUUAAAAUGCUACAACA